UUGACCAGAACAAAAUAUAUAUUUUAAGAAAUUUUCUACUCAUGCUGAGAGACUGCUGAUACUCCUGCAGAAGGAGAAAAAACGCGAGUCAUUCAGUUUCAAGCUCCAAACAUGGCUUUCUUUGCGAGUGCAAUAGUAAACACAGACCUUCAAACAUGCAGAUAAUAUAUUAGCUCAUUUCUUUUAGAAAGUUGGUGAUUUCUCAUGGAUGUGUCUGAAGGAUUUCGAUUUCACUUCUUUCUGUUCUCAAAGGAUCACAUUAGACGGAAUAAAUCUACUUUUUGUCUUUGUCUUCUACUUUUCCUUGCUUAUCAGUUUUAUCAGAAGAAAUUCUACAAGUACUAGCCCCCUAAAAAGUUGGACUUUCAUCCUUGUUUCUAUCUGUUGUGCUAUUAUUAGCAUUGCUUUUUACAUUAUUGGCUUGUGGAAUCUCAUAGCCAAAACUGAUAACUCUAAGCAGCUGAGCUGGUUAGCUUGCAUUAUUAGAGGAUUUGUUUGGACUUCUUUGGCACUUUCUUUGCUUUUUCAGAGGCACAAAUGGAUCAAAAUUCUGAACUGUGUUUGGUGGGCAUGUUCCUGUGUACUAGUUUCGGCUGUCAACUUUGAAAUUCUGUUUCAAAAGCAUGCAAUCGAAGUUUUUGAUACUGUACAAUGGCUUGUGCACUUCCUUCUUGUCUUCUGUGCCUUACAAAAUCUUGGUUACUUUGUCACUCAAAGUGUGCCAGAAAGUUUAUCUGAGCCUCUGUUGGCCGAUAAAGAUGAACCUAAACAAACAGGACUGGCCCAUGCUCCUUUUCUCAGCAAGUUAACUUUCUCUUGGGUUAACUCCUUACUUUGCAUAGGUUACUCAAAGCCACUAGCUCUUGAAGAUAUUCCUUCUCUUCUUUGUGAAGAUGAAGCUGAUUCAGCCUAUCAAAACUUCAUGCAUGCAAUGGAACGCCUUGUAAGGGAUAGGAGCAAGAACAGUAACAGAAACUUGGUUCUUUGGUCUGUUGUUACAACUCAUUUAAAAGAGAACCUAUUAAUAGCCUUUUAUGGAUUACUCAGAACCAUUGCAUUUACUGCUUCUCCUUUAAUACUCUAUGCUUUUGUAAACUACUCAAAUAGCACGGAUACAAAUAUCAAAGAAGGUCUUUCCAUAGUGGGUUUUCUUAUUCUCUCCAAAGUGGUUGACUCUUUGUCACAAAGACAUAUGUUUUUUGAUGCUAAAAGGUCAGGAUUGAGAAUGAGAUCGGCUCUUAUGGUGGCAGUGUAUAAAAAACAGCUAAAGCUUUCCAACACAGCAAGGAGAAGGCACUCAACUGGUGAAAUUGUGAAUUACAUUGCUGUUGAUGCAUAUAGAAUGGGAGAAUUUCCAUAUUGGUUUCAUAUAACAUGGAUUUGUGCAUUGCAGAUUGCUCUGUCUAUUGGUAUCCUUUUUGGUGUUGUAGGUGUUGGUGCUCUUCCUGGUUUAGUCCCUCUUCUCAUUUUUGGACUUCUCAAUGUACCAUUUGCCAAGAUCCUACAAAAUUGUCAGGCAGAGUUCAUGAUUGCACAGGAUGAGCGUCUUAGAUCAACUUCAGAAAUUCUAAAUAGCAUGAAAAUCAUUAAGUUGCAGUCCUGGGGGGACAAAUUCAAGAACUUAGUUGAGUCCCUACGUGCUAAAGAGUUCAUAUGGCUUUCUAAGGCACAGAUCUUGAAAGCUACUGGCUCAUUUCUUUAUUGGAUGUCUCCUACCAUUGUUUCUGCUGUUGUAUUCCUUGGAUGUGCUCUUUUCAAUAGUGCCCCUUUGAAUGCUGGGACCAUUUUCACAGUUCUUGCUACAUUGAGGAACUUGGGAGAACCUGUUAGACUGAUCCCAGAGGCUCUGUCUAUUAUGAUCCAAGUUAAGGUUUCCUUUGAUCGUCUCAAUGCCAUUUUGCUUGAUGAAGAGCUAGAUAGUGAUCGUAAUGGAAGACAUAUAAAUCAAAAUUCAGUUAAUGCAGUGGAAAUCCAAGCUGGCAACUUCAUUUGGGAUCAUGAAACAAUGUCACCAACUUUGACAGAUGUUAAUUUAGAAAUCAAAUGGGGACAGAAAAUAGCAGUUUGCGGGCCAGUUGGAGCAGGAAAAUCAUCUCUUUUGUAUGCAAUACUUGGAGAGAUUCCUAAGAUUUCAGGAAUUGUCAAUGUAGGUGGCACCCUAGCUUAUGUUUCUCAAACUUCUUGGAUACAAAGUGGGACAGUUAGAGAUAACAUACUCUUUGGCAAGCCAAUGGACAAAAGAAGAUAUGAGAAUGCCAUUAAAGUUUGUGCUUUAGAUCAAGAUAUUAAAGAUUUUAGCCAUGGUGAUCUUACAGAAAUAGGUCAGCGAGGGAUUAACAUGAGUGGAGGACAAAAGCAAAGGAUUCAACUAGCUCGAGCAGUCUACAAUGAUGCUCACAUCUAUCUCCUUGAUGACCCUUUCAGUGCGGUUGAUGCUCACACUGCUGCUAUUCUGUUCAAUGACUGUGUCAUGUGUGCUCUAAGAGAGAAAACAGUUAUUCUAGUGACUCAUCAAGUGGAGUUUCUCUCAGAAGUUGAUAAAAUCCUGGUAAUGGAGGGUGGAAAAGUUACUCAAUCAGGUAACUAUGAGAGUCUCCUGACAGCUGGAACAGCCUUUGAACAACUUGUGAGUGCCCAUAAAGAAGCAAUUAAUGAGUUGGAUCAAAAUAAUGAAAACAGAAGUGAUUCAGAAAAUGAGAUUAUGGUUCAUGCAAAAGAGUCUCAAGGUUUAUAUCUCACUAAAAAUCCAAGUGAAGGGGAGAUUUCUACCAAGGGUCAACUUGGGAUUCAGCUUACACAAGAAGAAGAAAAAGAGAUUGGUGAUGUUGGCUGGAAGCCAUUCUGGGAUUAUAUUUCAUUUUCAAGGGGAUCAUUCAUGUUGUGUUGGAUCCUGUUGGCACAAGCUGCUUUUGUUGCUUUGCAGACUGCAUCAACGCUUUGGCUUGCUUUAGCCAUUGAAAUUCCAAAAUUAACUAGUGGCACGUUGGUUGGAGUUUACGCAUUAAUUUCAUUUGGUAGUGCAGCCUUCGUAUAUCUAAGGUCUUACUUGAGUGCACUUCUUGGAUUAAAGGCUUCUACAGCCUUCUUCACAGGUUUCACUACAGCUAUCUUCAAUGCUCCUAUGUUGUUCUUUGACUCCACCCCUGUAGGAAGAAUUUUAACCCGAGCUUCGUCAGAUUUAAGUAUUUUGGACCUUGAUAUACCUCAUGCCAUCACUUUUGUUGCGUCCGUAGCAGUUGAAACUCUGGUGACAAUUGGUGUAAUGGUUUCAGUAACAUGGCAAGUUCUCAUUGUUGCUAUUCCUGCAAUGGUUGCAUCAAAAUAUGUUCAGGGAUAUUAUCAAGCCUCAGCGAGGGAAUUAAUAAGGAUCAAUGGAACCACAAAGGCUCCAGUCAUGAAUUUUGCAGCUGAGACAUCACUUGGAGUAGUUACAGUAAGAGCAUUUAACAUGUUAGAAAGAUUUUUCAAAAAUUACUUAAAGCUUGUGGACACAGAUGCAACACUAUUCUUUCAUUCUAAUGUGGCCAUGGAAUGGUUAGUUGUAAGAAUUGAAGCACUUCAAAAUUUGACAGUCAUCACUGCAGCUUUGUUGCUUAUUCUAAUUCCUCAGGGAUAUGUGUCCCCAGGCAUCGUGGGAUUGUCUCUUUCUUAUGCUUUCACCUUGACAGGAUCCCAAAUAUUUUGGACUAGAUGGUAUUGCAACUUGUUAAACUAUCUGAUCUCUGUUGAAAGAAUCACGCAAUUCAUUAACAUACCUGCAGAGCCUCCUGCCAUUGUGAACGAUAACCGGCCUCCAUCUUCAUGGCCUUCCAAAGGAAGGAUUGAUCUUCAAGCCUUAGAGAUUAGAUACCGUCCAAAUGCUCCAUUAGUACUUAAGGGUAUCACUUGUACAUUUAAAGAAGGAAGUAGAGUAGGUGUUGUAGGAAGGACUGGAAGUGGAAAAAGUACACUUAUAAGUGCUUUGUUUCGCUUAAUUGAGCCUUCAAGAGGUGAUAUUCUUAUAGAUGGGAUUAAUAUAUGCUCAAUGGGGUUGAAGGAUUUGAGAAUGAGACUAAGCAUCAUCCCUCAAGAGCCAACUCUUUUCAAGGGCAGCGUUAGAACCAACUUGGACCCUCUAGGCCUCUACUCAGAUGAUGAUAUAUGGAAGGCUUUACAGAAAUGUCAGCUUAAGGAAACUAUCAGCUGUCUACCAAAUCUCUUGGACUCCUCUGUGAGUGAUGAAGGUGGAAAUUGGAGCUUAGGACAACGCCAACUGUUUUGUCUUGGAAGAGUACUCCUCAAGAGGAACAGAAUUCUUGUUCUGGAUGAAGCUACUGCUUCCAUUGACACUGCAACAGAUGCCAUUCUACAAAGAAUAAUUAGACAAGAAUUUGCAGAAUGCACAGUUAUAACUGUGGCUCACAGGGUUCCAACAGUAAUAGAUAGUGACAUGGUCAUGGUCCUGUCUUAUGGGAAACUGGUGGAAUAUGAUGAGCCUUCAAAGUUAAUGGACACCAAUUCUUCAUUCUCCAAGUUGGUAGCUGAAUAUUGGUCCAGUUGCAGGAAGAAUUCAUCCUCAAAUAUUAGCAAGCUGCAAGAUUGAAUAAGAACAUUGUGGAAAAGGAAGAUGAAUAAAGGGAUUACAAAUAAAUUGAAGGAAAAAUGAUUGACCUCCCUGUAGUAAAGAGACCAGAAGAAUCACAAAAGCAAAUGAAUUCCUUGAAAUUUUAUAUGUAUGCGCAUACUGAUUUCCAUUCCUAUCAAAAUCGAUGGUUUAACAGUAUCUUAUGCUCUGUAAAUGAUCAUAAUUUUAAUUUUUAAG